AUGGCAGGAAGUAUCAUCAUUGUUACAACUAGAAAUGAAGCCGUUCUUGAUCAAUCUGAAUUCGAGGUAGUCUACAAGUAUGAAUUGAAUGAAUUGGAUGAGGAGCAUGCUUUGCUUCUGUUUAACAGACACGCAUUUCGUACGGACCAUUCUUUGAGGGAUUUUGAGGGUGUAUCUCGUGAUGUCAUAUCCACCAUGGGUGGGCUUCCCUUGGCACUUGAAGUUGUUGGUUCAUAUUUGUAUAAAAAAACGAAUCGAAAAGUAUGGGAAGAUGUGCAAAAGCAAUUAAAAAGCCAACCGCAUAGAGAUGUCCAAAAGAUAUUGCGAAUAAGUUACGAUGCAUUAGAAGAUGGACAUAAGCAUAUUUUUCUUGAUAUUGUUUGUUUCUUUAUUGGAGAAGAGAGUAGUAAGGAAAGGCGCAAGUACGCCAUGUACAUGUGGGAGGACUGUGGGUUUUAUCCAAGUCAAGGAAUUGAAGAGUUGAAGUUGAGGUGCUUAAUUAAAAUUGGAGAUAAUGGUAAGUUUAUGAUACAUGAUCAACUAAUAGAUCUUGGAAGGAGUAUUUUUUGCCAAGAACAACUGCUUGAGAAACGUAGUGGGCCAUGGGACCGCGACUACAAUGGAAUCACAAGAGCACUAGGACAUCAAUGGUUGGGGAGUUUUGGUCCUGGACCCUGGUUCGAUGACUGGACGAGGGCAGCUUUAAGGGGAGACUCCAACGAACUCCUUUCCCGAAAUAAGAUGGCUUCAAUUGUGGGUCGCGGAGUCGAUCCGUCUCUUCUAACAACCAAUCUACCGAAAUUAUCGGUGCUGGAUUUAUCAGAGAACUCAAUCACAGAGGAUUGGGAAGGAUGGAGUACAUUCAUGACGGCAAAGCGGCUACUAGUUCUCGACCUUAGAUGGUGUAACGGUUUCAGAUGUACUCCUGAUCUCUCAGCUUUCACGCAGUUGAAGAUCCUCACCUUGAGAGUCUCAAGGAGCUACCGAGAGGAAGUGGGCGAAUUAAAAGAUUUAGAAGAACUUGUAUUAGAUGAUUCCUGGUAUUACAAAGAUCCCUACGUCUAUUGGUUAUCCGAGGAAGUCGAAGACACCGAGUGCCUACCGUUCCUAGUCGAAAUUCAGGGCAGUGAUAAUUUGGAGUUCUUGGAGGGCAUAUUUAUAUAUGACUGCAAUUCCAUUAAAAGGCUUCUCUGUCCAAAAUCAUGGUGUUUGAAGAAAUUAGUGGCUGUCAAGUGCAACAAUCUAGUUGAAAUUCGAGGUCUUGAUGGUGCGAAGUUCUUAGAAGAGUUGGAUUUUACGGGGUGCGAAUCAAUGGAGAUGUUGCCAAAUUUGACGGGAUGUGAGAAGUUGCGAUCUCUAAAUGUUCGAAACUGCAAGAAACUUACUCAGCUUGGGGGAUUUGAAAAGUUGGAUUUAAUUGAUUUGAAUAUCUCUGGUUGUUACUCAUUGGAAGCAAUACCGAAAUUAUCCAGAACACGCCGUUUGAUGCAGUUGCAUUCUACUGAUAUCACUCCUCAACUCAAUGAGGCUCUGCAGAGGGAGGUUUCUGAUUUGAUAAGCUCAAUUCUCAUGUAUGCGGCAUUGAAUUCGUAA